CUCUUUCGCUUUGCACGCGGAGCUUGGCAAUGUGGUGGUGCGGGCGCCUCUUGAAGACCCCGCUUUCUCCGGGCCUGGGCAGCCCCUCCCGGGCCCAGUCUGCCCUGGCGCAGCUGCAGCAGGUGCUGGAGGGGGAGCUCGAGGGCAUCCGCGGCGCGGGCACCUGGAAGGGCGAGAGGGUGAUCACGUCGAGGCAAGGACCGCGCAUCCAGGUGGAAGGCAGCCACGGAGAUAUCCUGAAUUUUUGUGCCAACAAUUACCUAGGAUUGUCCAGCCAUCCCAAGGUGAUCCGUUCUGGACUGGAUGCCCUGGAGAAGUAUGGAGCUGGCCUCAGUUCUGUCCGCUUCAUCUGUGGAACACAAAAUAUACACAAGGAUCUGGAGGAGAAGAUUGCCCGUUUCCAUCAGAGAGAAGACGCCAUUCUCUACGCCAGCUGCUUUGAUGCCAAUGCUGGGAUCUUUGAGGCUCUACUGACCCCUGAAGAUGCAAUACUUUCAGAUGAACUGAAUCAUGCCUCUAUCAUUGAUGGGAUCCGGCUGUGUAAAGCCAACAAAUAUCGCUAUAAGCACAUGGACAUGCAGGACCUGGAAGCCAAGUUGCAGGAUGCCCAAAAAUAUCGUUUGAGGAUGGUGGCUACGGAUGGUGCUUUCUCCAUGGAUGGUGACAUUGCUCCCUUGCAGGAAAUCUGUAGGCUGUCCCAGAAAUACAAAGCCAUUGUUUUUGUUGAUGAAUGUCACGCCACUGGAUUUAUUGGGCCCAACGGACGGGGCACUGAUGAACUCUUGGGAGUGAUGGACCAAGUCACUAUAAUCAACUCCACACUUGGGAAGGCGCUUGGGGGAGCAGCAGGUGGCUACACAACUGGCCCCAAAGCGCUCAUUGACCUCCUUCGCCAACGUUCGCGCCCUUACCUCUUUUCCAAUAGUUUGCCUCCUGCCGUGGUGGGCUGUGCCUCCAAGGCUCUGGAUCUGCUCAUGGAGAGCAAUGCCAUUGCACAGUCCAUGGCUGCCAAGACCACACGUUUCCGAAGCAAGAUGGCGGCAGCUGGAUUCACCAUUUCAGGGAAUGACCACCCUAUUUGCCCUGUGAUGUUGGGCGAUGCCCGGCUGGCGUCCUUGAUGGCUGAUGACAUGCUGAAGAGAGGUAUUCCUGCAUUUCUCUUAAUGAUUUGAUAGUGGAAUUAUCCCCAAUCCCGUAUACCAGUGGUCAUGAGCCAUAAUCUCCCUGCCCAUUAUGUGUUGCUGCUCCUGCUACUUUCAUUUCAGAGACUGUUUUGAGAAUGGGCCACAUGUAGAGACUAGAUCUCAUGCCGCCAAACCCUGUCGCUUCUUGCUCAGUUUCCCUCUUUCUUCCUGCUCUGAGGGGUUACUACAGAACGGGCAGAAAUUCAAUACACCCACUUGUGCCUCUACCCUGGGCGGAAGCUGUGAUGAUUGGCAAACCAUUUGUUGAACUUUUUGCUUGGUGUGCAGCUGUUAAGUCGCAGAGGGGCAUCAUCAGGAAAAAGGUAGCAACCCUGACUGAUAGGGACAGCAUAAAGCUGCAGCAUUGAAUCAAUAAAUCUGUUUGAUUCAAAAAAAAAUUUUUUUUUAAGUUCAAUCUGCCUUCUGAAAAUAAGCAUAUAAAAAUACUAUAAUUUUUAAUACAAGUAAUUGCAAUUUUUUAAAAAAACUCCAGUUGGCCAGUCUUAAGAGGCAUUUCUGCUUUUCUCUCACUUAAGUUCCUAAAAUGAUGUUUGCUACACACCCAAAAACAUUAUGGAUGAGAACAGCCUGCUGGCAUCCUGUUCUCACAGUGACCAACCAGCGCUCUCCCCUCCUGCAGAUUCCUGCUCCUUGAUUCAGUGCUACUUUCCCCCUCUUCCAUACAUAAACAAUCAACCCAGAUUUGCUCAGUCAAGCGACGUCCUUCCAAAGCUGCCUUUCUGCUUUGGUUUGAAUCCAACCUUAACAGCAGCUCAAGUCCAUCCGACCUGUCAGAGCCACGCCUGCAUCUUCCAACAGGAAUUUCCCUGGCCGCUCUGUAGAGGGCAGCAUUGCCUCCAGAAAACCAUCCUGGAAGUUUGACGCUGGUAAACGCACACCCCUUGUUGCACUCUUGGUCGCAAUCCAGAGCCUGCCUAGGACAACACUUUGCUGUACAACCUAAUUCAAGAGGUGGGCGAUCUGCCACUCUGGAAGAAAUCUUGGCCAGUACUAAACAGUCUGCAACCCAAGAAGUGGCUGGCUAGUUCAGAGCAGUAUAGCAUUCCUGCCUUGCCAACUGCCUUUCUGGUCCUCCCGGGCUGUAUGACAGCUAGGGUGAUAGUCUGCAGUGUGAGAGGGUAGUGAGGCCAGCCAAACCAAGUCCUCUUACUUCUUAACUUUCCCUCUGCCACCAUGUGGAUAUCUUUAUUUUCUCUGACUUUGGGUGCAUCCGACACAGUAAACACAGUAAAACAUCAAAUAUAAAAAAACUUCCAAUAAUAAUAAUAAUAAUAGGGUUGGGGACCCUGGUGCAGUUUCUGACCAUGUGAAGCUUUGCUAUUCUCAGCAAAACACUUAAGAACAUAAAUGAGAGAUUCAGGGAGUGGGGAUCCAUCACCUCCUUCCUGCAAGUUGCCUGGCAAGAAGCUUGCAUGUACUGUUGUACAGAAAUAUGUGCACGAUGGAGAUGGAAUUUAACCAGUCCAUUGAUACAAACGCUGUUGGGUUUUAUCCCGAGUGAUGCUUAACAAUCCACAUCAAAUGUUGUAGAUUCUGUAAGAUCAGCCUGGCAGCAAAGUUCAUGAAAUUGUGAAAGUUAGUAAAAUGUGGCAUGCCCCCAUAUGAAUUACAGAGAUGGAUGUUGCUAUUUUAAUGCAUUGUUUUCUUAAACUGUGUAAUCUUAUAUUCUUGUGAUAUACUUGUUUAUGCAUUUUUGUGUGCUGCCUUGCGAAAGAGUUUCAUUUAUUAAUCUCUUUGUUAUCUAUUUAUUUUACUCAUUUAUUAAAUAAACAAAAACAAGGUCUUGCUUAUGCAAUUGAUCUGCUGCCUCUGCUAUGCUCAUCUCUAUCUCUCUAUCUCUCUCUCUCUCUUUCUCACCUGUCAGGCAUCUACGUAAUUGGAUUUAGCUACCCCGUGGUGCCCAAGGGAAAAGCUCGCAUCCGCGUGCAGAUCUCGGCUGUUCACAGUGAU